UACAUUAUUGCAGUAUCCUAACUGCAUUUUGAGUUCUUACACACCUGUUUCGAUCAUUUAAUUUAUUAUUACGUACUUCAUAAUGGGGGAUGAACAAACUAUGCCGUAUCCUUACGAAUUUUAUAAUAUAAGUGAUGAAGAAAAGAGUCUUAACGAGAAACUGCAUGCUUAUCCAUAUGAAUUUUUGCGCGUCGGUCCCAAAGGUUAUCUUGUCUCCAAAAUUUUCAAAACGGAUGCUGCUAACAUCUAUAACCUGCCUUUAAGGUCUAGCGACAUAUUUGUCACCAGUUAUCAAAGAUCAGGAACAACAUGGACUCAAGAGUUGGUGUGGCUGCUGGCAAGUGACUUGGAUUAUGAAAAGGCUUUGUCUACUCCGCUCAUCGAAAGAUAUUCAUUUCUGGAAAUGUUCAUGAAUGUACCAGACACAGGAAUAGAUGGUUUCAUGAAGGCAUUGAGCCAGAAUAGUGAAAAUUUCGAUAAGGAAAGCAUGUUGAAAAUGAUUAAAUGGCUCGGUUCUCCGAUAACAGGCGACCUAGCUACCAGACCGUCACCUCGCUUUAUAAAGUCCCACCUUCCUAUGUCCCUACUGCCCCGGAAUCUUUUAGACACAGCAAAAAUGGUGUACAUUGCACGAGAUCCUAGAGACGUGGCUGUAUCAUACUACCAUCAUACUAGACUUUUCAUGCAUACUGGUUUUAAAGGAACUUUUAAGGAGUUUUGGCACCUAUUCCAUGGGAAUUUAAUGGUGUUAACUCCAUACUUCGAGCACGUGAAAGAAGCUUGGGAGAAGAGACAUGAUCCCAACAUGCUGUUCCUGUUCUAUGAAGAUUUGUCAAAGGACUUACCUGCCGCUGUCCAACGCGUGGCGGACUUCUUGGGUAAAAAGUUGGAUGACAAACAAAAAGCAACUCUCUGUGAUCACUUGAGUAUAGAAAACUUUAAGAAAAACAAAGCUGUCAACUUUGACGAACUCAGAGUACUCGGAAUGUUCGCCAAGGAUGAAGAAUUUAUUAGAAAAGGUAAAGCCGGAGGCUGGCGCGACUACUUCGACGAGGAGAUGACACAAGAAGCUGAUAAAUGGAUUGCGGAUAACCUGAAGGAUACUGAUCUACGCUUCCCUACUGUUAAAUAAAUAUGUGUAUUGUAAUAUAUGGAUACUAUACCUACUGUAGAUAAUGAAAUUAAUCUUAUAAAGUAAUUUAUAUUUGUGUUUAAAUGUAAACGAAUAAUAAUAGGUACUUACCGAAUACUACUUAUACAGUUUGAAUGUAAAAUAAAAUCGAAAAACUAA